AUGAAAUAUGGACGCAUUAACAACUUAAGUACAAAAAAUGAAGAAGGUGGGUUGUUGAAGCAGAAACGCGAAGCAGUGGCCCCUGAUAUCAUCCUCACAACAAUUUGGUCGGCGUGGUUGAAGGAUUGCGUAGCGUUUGGACCUCGGUUCACAUUCCCAUCUAAGGGCUUGGAAUAA